AUCGACAAAGAUUGCGAUAUGGUAUAUAAGAACAUCUCUGACAUAUACAAAUCUGGGGAGUUUAAGACCUACGACAACUUUGUUUCGUUAGUUGCUGAAUGUGUAUGGCAGAUAAGAGAUAAAGAUAGAAGAGGUAAGAUAUGGAAUGAACAGAUAAAACCCGCAACUUUUGAGUUAAAGAGAGCAAUUGACGCCUUAGUCAUACUAGCAGGUAAGGUUUCAGAAUAUAACGCAAAAAUGAACCCGCAAUGUUCAAAAUGUAAGGCAGCAAUGAGGAAAUAUAACUACUCCGUCAAAGAGAUAGAACGUAUGAGAAACGACUAUGCUGACUUAAAGAGGGAGGCAGAGAAACCAGCAGAAGAUAAAAUGGACAUGUUGACAUUUCUAAACAAAAACUAUCCAACAGCUGACGAUUUCCUUCUUUCAGAUGUCAAGAAGAAAUAUAAAGAAACCUUCGGCAUUGUUAAAACAUUCGAUGUACUGACAGAAGAAAUAGAAGCUACGAAAUUGUUUAGAAUUUCACGAAUUCACAAUGUUUACCAUGUAAAACGCUUAUAA